UUAUUAGAUGACAUAAUCAAAGAACAGAGAAAGCUGAAAAAGAAAGCACAAAAGGCCAAGACACAGCAGCAGCUGCCGAGAAAAGGAACUCAACAACGACAAGGCAAGAAACAAGUUAAUCAGAAGCAAGGAAAACGUGUUGCUGUGAAACAGAACAAUCGGCAGAGACAGCAAGGGUCAGGCCAAGGUGCUCAAGGAAGAAAAAGAGGAUUAACUAGGAAACAGAGCAACCAGUCUGCACAGCAGAGAAAAGGUGCACAGGUCAACCAGUCUGGUCCCAAGGGUAUUAACAAAAGAAGGCAGAAUACUGGUGGCCCUAACAAGGGGACUGGAGCCCCAAGAGCUGCUGCUAACCGGCUAAGGAGCAAACAGGGAAUAAUCCAGAAGGUAAUAUUAGCCUACAUGGGCAAUUAACUUUAUGUCUGAACAGUGUUUAAAGGAUUUAAGAUUUCUUUAAAACCUUCUCUUAAAGGCUGACAGAUAAGUAAAAAAUAAUCUAACUGUUCAUCCACUCCACAAAUAGAAUCACAAAGUGAGUCUUUUUGUAGAAGUAGAACAUGAUACAUUUUGGCAUCAAAUGGAAACUUGGAAAAAUCCAAACCCCAGAUGGCUCAGAAUGUUUUCAAGUUUUCAAGUUUCCUUUGAUGCAAAAAACAUAUCAUGUUCUAAAUACAGAAUCCUUUAUUUAUUUCUCCAACUGGAAAAAACCCGAUCUCAAUCAACAACUUACCUGUAAUUGUGUUAACUUAACACUUGCACUGUAAGCUUUGCAUUGCCUUGCAUUGUGACCUCUCUAGAAUUGCCUUUCAUUUACUGAUUUCUUGACCAUUUGUUCUCCAAUUCAUGUUUGGACUUUAUAAGUGGUAAGUGAAAAAAUAUUAUUAUCAAUCUUUAAUGCUGGGUGUUCUUCAUACAUUUACAGGGUAAGAGAAUUCUGUCCAAAGCGAAACAGGUUCAACUCAACAGACUACCACUAAACAGACAGAACAGGCAAACACAACAGAAAGAUGCCAGGCUGAAUAUUUUAAACAAGAGAAGAGGAUUACAGGUUUGACUUAAGUAAACUUUGAAGCAAAAUAAGGUGUUUUGUUCACUUUUCACGUCAGCAGGUUAACAGCAAACUCUGAAAUUUAAAGGCCAGCUUACAAUAAUAAUAUUGCGGCCAAUCAUCAUAAUGAUCACAAGCAGUCAACCUUGAUACACAGAAACACAAAAUGGAUAGAAAUCCACCAAUCAAAGAGAAAAAAAGGCAUAAACUAUGACGAUUGACAGCAACAAAGAAUGCAAAUGUCAAAUGGGGAUCAUUGUUGAAGAUAACAAUAAUCUUUUCUCAAAUUAAACCAGAAUUUUAAAGUCUCCAAAGAUUAAUUAGGGACAGGAAACUAAGGAAAUUUCAAGUCAAACUAGGUUAGACCACAACAUUUUGCGUUGUCAUCAUAGCUGUGUCUUUUUGGUGUGAAUAAGAACUGGUAAAUUGUUUUAUUUUUUAAAAAAAGUAACAUGUUAUAUUGUAUUAUCAAUAUAGGGACCAGUGAAAGGAAAAAGACCAAACAAGGCUCAAAAUGCUGAUACCUCCAAACUCCAAAGAAUAAACAGGUACUGACUUUGUUUAGUGUCAGUAAUAACUUAAAUAUUGCUGGUUUGUUUUACUGUAAAUAAAUAUAACAGCUAAUUAUGUGCAAAACAAAAACCCAUUUCUAUUUGGUUUUUACAGGAGAGGAAAUGCAUCUCCUCAGCUUACUGUCUCCAUAAACAAUCCACGCGUAAGGUUGGUAGUUAUUAAAAUACACUGGUCUAUCUAGGUCUUGAAUGACAACCGAUCCAUUGUUUGGAAGGCUUGUGCCGGCCAAUUUGAAGACCCAUUAUCUGUAUGCAGGGUUGUCAAAAGUAGCCGGCUUCCGGCAAAAAUCUCCGCCUACUUGGUUAGUAUCAGCCGGCUACUCUGCUUUGUAUUUCUUUACAGAGGGCUUUUUUUAAAUUAAUAUAUCCCUGGGCUGGCCGCUUACUUUGAAAACUCAGCCGUCUACUUCAAAACUGUCUGACAACCCUGUUAAGGCCACCUUUUUAGGUUCAGUUGUUCAUGGUAUUACCACUAUGUAGCAGUGGUAUAAAUAUGACAUAAAUUAUCAAUAAUGAUUGACAUUCUUAGGAUAACAAGAACUCCACAGUGGGAACAAGUAACAAACCAACUCACAAAUCAGAGCAGGAGUAGAAGAUGGAGAGGAAACAAAGCAUCUGUUGAUACAGGGGAUCUGAGAAUUUCAGUCCCAAAUAAUUUACACCAAGUAAGUUUGUUCAAAAUUAUUUGGCUCAGAACAUGGGUUGCCAACCAAUGCUUGCAAACCUCCAAAGAGGUACAUUGAAAGUUAGAAGUAUUUGGAAAGGGAUGUGCUGCUGGAACCUUGGAACCUUAGCUCACUAGAUCUGGUUUGGCUGAAUUUUGCCAGUCUAAACUAGACUAAAUUCCCAAAUCUAGAAGUAUCCUAAAAUUGGUAUUUUCCAGAAAUUACUGAGAUGGACUUUCUUUGCUAUUAAACUGAGUUGCAUGUAAAUUAAGAUGUGGACCUUUUGCACUCUUGGUUAGCAUAAGAGCCUAAAUUUGUUGGUAAAUUGUCUCCAUAGAUUUCCAUAAAUUUUUUCUCCAUUGAUGUGGCGUCAAAAAAUUUUAAAAAGAAAAAUGGCCUUACCGGUACUUACGGUUGAUGUGCAUCACUCAGGAAGACCUUUAGUUAAGCUUCCUUAUAAUAUUAUUUAACCCACGUUGUGGUUUUACCUUCAGCCUCUGAAAACACUUUAUGCUGCUGGUUUUAAGUCCCAUACGGAAGACUCAGCUUUUGGCAAGGUACGAACACAAAGAUUACAUGUACUUAGCUGGAUCAGCCUGGUGCCAUUAAUUAAGUUAGAUGAUGGUGGUAGAGGACAGAGGGUGGGGGCCUAGCCUGAGUAUCAGGCCUUCCUAAGGGGUUGGGGGAGAGGAGAUUUUAUAUUUUGGCUUUCAUCUUUGCCCUUUUCCCCCAGAAACGCCUGAUACUCAGGCUAGUGGGGACCUAGGAGAUAAGGGGACGGGAGAGAUUCAAAAGGUAGGAGACGAUAGGGAGAGGUGGGAGGGUAGGUAGUACGUGAAAUAGCAGGGAAUUAUGCAAUAUUUCAAUGUUGAAAAGGGGCUAAAAAAAGACACUCAAGAAAAAGGUAGUGAAAGCUGAUCGUGAAAAGUAUGGAAAAAGGACAUGUGGACGCCCCUGCCCCCCCCCUCCCCUCCGUCCUUUCCCCUAUGAUAAGAUAAGUCUCGAAAAGAAAUUUGUGAUGCUCUGAAAUUAAAAUGACUUCACCAUCCUUCCCCUCCACAUAUAACAAUAAAAUAAAAUAAGGCAAUAGUCUGUUGACAGGUUUUUGUAGACUUAAAAAUAUAAGAAAGUGCUCCAUAAUCAAACUAAUGGAAAAAGUCCCAAAUUUUGUAUUGUUACAUGUGUAAGCAUGUUUUCAGAGUGAGAUGGUGUUUUUAUUUAUCAAUAAAAUCAUUUCAUUCACAGAGUCAAAAGUUAGAAUCACAAGCUCAGUUGCUAUAAAACCAGGCAUAAUCUUCAUGAUGAAUACCAUUAGCUAGUCUUGCCUAAUUGACAAAAAAAAUUGUGAAGAAAUUUUCUAUACAUUGGUUUUUAUUUCUCUCUUGUUUUUUGUUUUGUUUUGUCUUUCCUUGCAGACGUUUGCUACACUUGAUGAAAGGUUCUCCAGCAUACCACAAACCCGUCGAGUUGGAACGAUAUUCAUUGAUUAAGUCUUUCACUUAGUAAUGUUGGUCAGUUAAAAAAAAAGGAAAAAAAACCAAUCAAACCACAUUAUUAAAAAAGUGAAAAAAAUGAAGGAGUCUGUUAAGUACUCAUAGGCUAUCUAUUUGGGAGUUAUUAACACUGUAUGUUAAAAAAAAAACUGUACCUAAGAGAGUUGAACUUACUGCUCAACAACUGCUCAGCAACGUUCAUUUGUAAUUAGUUGUCACACCUCAGGAUUUCAUCUGUGAAGCCAACAUUUAAAACCACUCUAUGUAGUUUGGGGAGUAAAGCCCUUUACCAAACGGUUGAAUUUGUUAAGUUAUUUUAUGUUUAAAACAAUUUUAAUUGAAUUUAAUAUUUUAUGAUCAAACAGGUAAUUUUAAUGAACAUUAAAAUAGCCAGUAAAAACAUAUUGAGUGGAGUGUAUUGUUCCUGGGCAUUUUAAGACUGUUGUUACUGGGCCAUUGCAGCUAAAUCAGAAAUAAAACACAAACAGGGGUGAUCUGCUUGAUUAUAAAUGCAUACAUUUUUAAAAGAACUUGACGUUUUG